AUGCGGUCUAUCGCCCUUCUUUCGGCCUACCUUUUGUGCUCGCUGGGAAUGGCCUCAGCUUGGCCAGAUUUGAAUCUUGGUUAUGGCGGCAUCGUUGCCCGUGCAGAUCCCACAAGCUCUUCAGGAGAAAGCGCUACUACUGGCGCUUCACCUACCGGCGAAAAUUCUGCCACAAAAACGGCGACGGAGGACUCCAAAAGCACUGGUACGAAGGAGAAAGAGAUGGGAACAGCCACGCCGACCGGCAAGGGAAAGGAAACCAAGACAAAAGAGGCUAAAUCCUCAUCCUCUAUCGACCCCCGUUCCCCAGCCGGUGGUAUCUCGAUGAUCACUCCGUCGGUCCAGGGAGUGCCAACCUAUUACAAGAUUGGAGACUAUGUGACUUUUGCCUGGAACUACACCUCACUGCUCGUGACGCCGUCUGCGGUUAACGUGGUUGCAUCUUGCAGCAAGAACAGCGCUACUUACACGAUCUCGAACAACAUGAGCGUCGAGCAGACUGGAAAGGUUGUUUGGGAUACCAAGAAAUACCAGUCCAAUGCAACAGUCCCUCUCCUAACCGCAACGUACACUUUGAUCGUGUACGACGCUAACAGCUCGAUUGGGGACAGAGCUGGUCCCGGUGAGCUGAGUUCGGACAACCAGUUCAACUUCGCCAUGUAUUUACCGCAGCCGUACACGCCCUUGAAUGAAUAUCAUUGUGUUACUUGCAGCGGUGCCCUUUCGGACAUGGAACGCCAGGCACUGAAAUUUGCCAUGGGCAUGGUGGUGAUAACCAUCGCAACUUUCUCCUGGUUCGCAGGAGAUUUCGGGGUCUUCUCCACGUGA